UCAUCCGGACUGAAGCGUGAUGAAAAGCUGUCGAGGCGGAGGACACGACGAUACGCUUCGGCUUGGCGCGGAUGCGAUACUGUUAUGGUGACAUCAUUGUUUGCGAUUCAACUUGCUUCAAAGUCCCAAGCUCCUCACCAGCAACACCCUUUACGCGUUCCCACGAUCUCGUUUCGCGCAGGAUCACCUUUCAUAUACAACUAUGGCUAUUGUGGAGAACUGGCUUCCACCGUCGCGUGAGAAUUGGGAGCUGGUUUGCUACAUCUGGCAGUUCUUCCCUAUUAUCACUGCAGCUCAAUGGGUUCUGGACUGGUACCCACAGGGCAAGACGUCGAUUGAAUCGCGUUUCAACAUUGACGGCAAGAUAGGGUGGGCAACGAUGGAAUCGGCGGGAUUUAUAACCCUGCUGUACAUCAUGUACUCGCUCCCGAAAGAAUUGGGUCUUGGAGAGCUACCCUGGGGUAAUUGGACUAUGGCUGGCUGCUUUGUGUUCCACUAUCUCUACCGCGCCGUUGUGUCUCCCCUCUUGCUCAAUCCUAGCAUGUCGCCAAUACAUCCUUUUGUUUGGAUCAUGGCAUUUGGGUUCCAGAUGUUCAACGCAAUCUCCAUUGGCGGGUACCUCGCAGGCUACGGCCCGACAUCACAAUACGAAUGGGCAGCACGAUCAGAGUACAUGUUUCUAGGGCUCGUAAUCUGGUGCUGGGGACUUCUAGCGAACAUGUUCCACGACGACGACCUGCGCGAGAUCAGGAGAGCGGCAGAUCGCAAACAGCGCAAGGCAGCCGCCGAACAGGGCAAGCCAGUGGAGAGAGUGGACAAGAUCUACAUGAUACCGAAGAAUGGUCUGUUCAAGUACUCGCUGCACGCGCACUACCUCUGCGAAUGGAUCGAGUGGGCGGGCUGGUGGAUGAUUGGGGGUUGGAAGUGUGUGCCUGCACGCACGUUUCUCCUCAAUGAAGUGACUACCAUGCUUCCGCGUGCGUUGCAGGGCAAGAGGUGGUACGAGAAGAAGUUUGGGAAGGAUAAGCUGCAAGGGCGCAAGGCCAUAAUUCCGGGCGUGCUUUAGGGAGUAUAUUGCUUAUUGGUACGCUAGUAAUCAAGCUUCUGGCGGUGCGGUGUUGAACAGUGGACAAGCGAUACGUGUGGCUUUUGCAAUCUAGCGAACAAUGAAGUUGUGCAGUACUAGCGGUAAGGGGCAGUGCGUGGUGGUGGUACACUAAGCGUGACAUUGUGGAGUGGUGAAGAUGGUGGGGGCAACUAUGCAGCAGCGCGUGCCGAACAAGACGAUGAACUGCGACAGGGUACUGAUGUCUAAUCAGUUCAGGGUUGAUUUGUUUUGGACGAGACAGUUCGGUGAGUAUUUGUUGGUCACUAGCGAGUGCGCGGGUGGAGCGACGAAGUCUGCACGUGGCAGGGACAAAAGCAUAUGACGAAGAGACAAAAGCAUAUGACGAAGAGAUACGAAGAAAGCUG